CAUAAUUUUUAUAUCCUGUUGGAUUUCCAUUUUUCUAUCAAAUUAACACAUACGGUUAUUCAUUGAAGAGACGAAGUUAUACACAACUUUUGGUUUACUAUCGAACCAGGCACUUUCAAUCAAAGCUCAAUGGAAAAGUAUUGUCUUCUGUUUUCUUAAACUUUACGAGACAAAAUACUCCAAACAUUCUUGAUCGGAUUUAUAUCCGGUCUUAGCGAUGAUCAUUUUAAUAUUUAUCAAUACAAACUAGUUCAUUUUGGUGCCAGUGGGCAUAUACUCGCAAUAUCUUGUUGAAAUUCCCAUUGUAGGCCUCCUGAAAGCUUCGUAAAUGAUAGCAAAUUGAUCUCCAAUGUCUCUACGUAGUUUUUUUUUUUUUUUUUUUUCGUUACUUGACGACCAUCAAGGAAACCCAAACCUAUCUGGCCAUUUAAGCAAAAUGCAGCUUAAACCACUUUACUGCCGAUCAUAGAAAAUCCUUGGUUUCAAGCGCAAGCCAUGCUAAUACUGGUCAUGCCAUGGUUACGCCGAUACUAAUCAUACUGACAUAAACAAGCCAUCUGGCUUAUCCAAAUUCCACUUUUUUACAUCGCUGAAUAUUACCGUUCGCCACUUUGGUCCAUGUGAGAAAUAUUUUUGAACCCAUUGUAUCCAUUGAAUUUUAUGUUGUGUUUUCAGCGCUGAUUUUUGUUUCAUUUUACGAUAAGCUGUCGUAUUCGUCUCUCGAAUAAGUCGGCGAAUCGUUUCUUUUAAUAUUUUAAUACUAGAAGCACUUUGAAUUUGACGUAAACUCAUUAUCUAAGAGGAUGCUAAUUUCUGAAUUCUUCUGUCAUCGCGUUUGCAUUUACUUAAUACUUUUCUUUUUUCUUAUAAUGUUUUAUUUGUAGUAUAUUUUUAAUUAAUUUUUUUUAUAUUUCUAGGCUGAAAGGGAUUAUAGUCAAGCAAAAAGAGAAGCUACACAGACAGUAACUGAUCUUUCCCAAAAAAUCGAUAAUUUUGAACGCCAAAAAAUUGAAGAUAUAAAGCAUGUAUUUUUGGAAUUGAUCAAAAUUGAAAUGGUAUUUCAUGCAAAAGCAAUUGAGUUAUAUACAACAGCCUACAACACCAUCAAGAACAUAAAAGUCGAUGAAGAUUUAAAAGAAUUUCAAAGCCAUUUUAGAUCCUACUCAUCAACUAUGAACCACACUGAUAAUCCAGCUACUGAUUUACGUGAUAUUAUGAUGAAUCCAUCCACUUCUCGACAAGCAGAUAUGAUAUUAACAGAACAGAAUCAAACAAUUGAUGAUGUUGAAAAUUCUACAAAUAUUAGUUCAAAAUCUUAUACCGAUAGUAAGACAUCUAAUCAUACUCCAGAUAGCAGCAGCAUUAUAUCUCCAACAAAAAAAAUUCAGAAAUUAUCAAAAACUGAUCAAAUAAAUAAGCAGUCGGCUUCAUUUUCAAGUAUUGGUAGUUCUGUUAGAUCGAAAUUUGAUUUCGGAGAUCAUUGUCUUUAAGAAGAUUGUCUAACUAAAAAUUACAGUAUUAGUUUGAAUCAUGAAUGAGCAAAAAUGUUCAUUAUUAGUCAUUUUAUAUAUAUUUUAUUUUAUGGUAUGUUGAAUUUUUGUUAGAUUAAUAUUGAUUUUUUUUACAUGUACUUAAUCUCUAGUCGUUGUUAAUUAAUUCUAAUUCUAGUUGUUUUUUAUUUAUUAUAUUGUGACUUAGAUAUAUUUUUAAGGUAGCUGUUUUGGUCUUAUUAGUACUGUGUUACUUUGAUAUCUAUUAUAAACUGAAAUAUAAUUUCUAAUCAAAAAGACAAUGAAAACAUUUUU